AUGGCUCGUGGGGACGGACAUCUAUGGACAGAGACAUAUGAUAGUUCCACUGUUGCUUUUAUGAUUCUAGGUGCCGCUCUGGUUUUCUUUAUGGUACCAGGGUUAGGUUUCCUUUAUUCUGGUUUGGCAAGAAGAAAAUCAGCGCUGGCUUUAAUUUGGGUGGUGAUAAUGGCUACCUUGGUCGGUAUACUACAAUGGUAUUUUUGGGGUUAUUCAUUAGCGUUUUCUAAGACCGCGACAAAUAACAAAUUCAUCGGAAAUCUAGAUUCAUUUGGGUUCAGAAACGUUUAUGGUAAAAGCUCAGAUGAUUCCACAUACCCUGAGCUUGUUUAUGCCAUUUUUCAAAUGAUGUUUAUGUGUGUUGCAUUGAGUAUUAUAGCCGGUGCGACAGCGGAAAGAGGUAAGCUUUUUCCACAUAUGGUUUUCCUUUUUGUUUUUGCAACUUUAGUUUACUGCCCUAUGACCUAUUGGAUAUGGGCCCCCGGUGGGUGGGCUUUCCAAUGGGGAGUCUUGGACUGGGCUGGCGGUGGGAAUAUCGAGAUUCUUAGUGCUGUGGCUGGUUUUGUUUAUUCCUAUUUUCUAGGAAGAAGGAAAGAAAAUCUACUCAUUAAUUUUAGACCGCAUAAUGUUUCCAUGGUAACCUUGGGUACUUGUAUCCUUUGGUUUGGCUGGCUGCUUUUCAAUGCCGCAAGCUCCCUGUCACCAAAUAUGAGAUCAGUUUAUGCUUUUAUGAACACGUGCCUCAGCGCAACCACGGGAGGAAUGAUCUGGUGUUUAUUAGAUUAUCGCUCUGAAAAGAAAUGGUCCACCGUUGGGUUAUGUUCAGGUAUCAUCUGUGGUUUAGUUGCGGCCACCCCUAGCUCUGGUUGUAUCACUCUUUAUGGUUCUUUGAUUCAAGGUAUAAUAGCAGGUAUUGUUUGUAAUUUUGCAACAAAGAUAAAAUAUUAUUUAAAAGUGGAUGAUUCUUUGGAUUUGUUGGCAGAACAUGGUAUCGCUGGUGUGGUGGGGCUAAUUUUCAACGCUCUAUUUGCUGCUGAUUGGGUUAUUGGGAUGGACGGCACUACCAAGCAUAAAGGUGGCUGGUUAACGCAUAAUUGGAAACAAAUGUAUAUUCAAAUCGCUUAUAUCGGUGCUUCUGCUGGCUAUUGCGCCGUGGUUACAGCUCUAAUUUGUUUUGUAUUAGGCAAAAUUCCCGGUGUUCAGUUAAGAGUUACAGAGGAAGCCGAGGCUUUGGGGCUGGAUGAAGAUCAAAUCGGUGAAUUUGCUUACGAUUAUGUGGAAGUCAGAAGAGAUUACUACCAGUGGGGGGUAGAUACUGAUGCCCUUCACACUACAUACCACGGCGCUAAUCCGGCGGCUGAGAUAAACCCCAUUGAGGAGAGCCAAAACUCUUCACUAUCAUCGGCUACGGUUAAUGGUCAGAGUGAAAAAACUAAUAAUCCUAACCUGCAUAAAUGA